AGCAGGUGACUGACAGCGUCACCACGGCAACGCCUCCUCUGGAGACACACACACACGCAGCAGGACACGCCUCUGUCAGUCUGCUCUGUGAUUCACUGUGAUCGUCUCUGAUCAGAUCUGAUCGAUGACUUUAAAGAUCAAACAGGUCACUGAAGGCAUCAUCCUCUGGUUUGACCUUUGACCCCUCUGACUUUGCUUCACUGGACCGACAGAAAGUUGAGGAACUAAAACACACUGUGAGCUCCUGUUUGUGCUUCUGCCUCGUCUGAUUGGUUCCUUCACCGUGGAGCAGAGCGGACGGUUUUGCUCCUGCAGAGGAAACAGGUUGUUUGUACUUUAACAGAUAUCUGAUGAUAUUUCAACAUCAGUGCGAGUCUCUCGGUGAGUUCGGUUCAGUCGGCUCACCGCUGUGACUCAUCACACUUCAUGUAAACUCUGCGGUGACGGAGGUCGGACCGAGCGGCUCUGCAGGAUUUACAGUCUGUUUAUAUCAGAGACGUCCGCUCGGCUCUGAGCUUCAGACUGAAGGAGUGUGGAGUCGAUUUCAUCUUUCUGAAGACACGAGUUUAAACUUCAGCAUCAUCCUCGAGCCAGAAAACAACCUUCACACACGAGGAGUGAGCCGAGGUGGAAGCCGCAGGGAAGAAACUAAAAGAGGAAUUAAUCUUUUAAGUCAUUUUUGUUUCAAGCAAAAAUGCCUCAAAAAAGAAAUCACAGCUAGAAGAUGGACUUUGUUCUAUUUUCUGACAUUUAAUGGACAACUUGAUUAAUCGAUGAUGGAAAUGCUCGUUAUCGGCUUCCCUACUGGAGACUUUGAUUGGGUUUGAGCUUCAGCAUCAUGUCAGAGUCAGAAAAACAUACUUUGUAAAAGAAGAAGCAGAGGUGAAGCUGGGAAGCUGUUUCCAAACAUCUGUCACUUUUUAAUUGUCUAGAAAUAGUUCAGACUUGUUAUUUGUAGAGAGAAGUUGGUGGUUUUCCUGCUCAGUCUGAUCACAGCAGCACCUGGUGGACGAUAGAGGAACUGCAGAUGAACACGUGUGUCGCUGCUGCUUUCUGGACAAAAAGGUCUCCAAGUGUCAUCAGAUGUCUGAUCUGUGAUGUAAUCGAGACACACGUCCUGCUCUGUGUCUGAAGAUGGCCGAGGCUCUGCAGACACUAUACGCCGUCCUGAUGGUUGUGUCGGGCGUGGCUUCCAUCUGCGGGAACCUCCUCCUCCUGCUGGUGCUCCUCCUCCACAAGGAUCUCCAGGCGGACACGCUGGGCCUCACCCUGAGCUUCAGCCUCAGUGACCUGGCCCUCGGACUCUCCAUCAUCCCCUUCGGAGUCUACAACAGCCUGGCCCGGCCCGGCGGGUACACCAGCGAGGGCGUCCUGUGUCAGGGCAGCGGCUUCAUCUUCCUCCUGCUGCAGACGUCCUCCAUACACUCGCUGACGUGGGCCACCGUCGACAAGUUCACCGAGAUCUGCUUUGCACUCAGCUACUGCAGCAUCUGGACGGCCGGACGGAGCCGGGCGGUGCUGGCGCUGGUCUGGUCCUUCUGCCUGCUGAACGCUGUCCUGCCCCUGCUGGGGUUUGGCAGCUACGCCUACAGCGAGUCACGGUUCCUCUGCUGCCCGAGCUUCACGCCCGACAACAGGCAUUACGUGGUGCUGUGGAUGUUAGCGGGCAUCGUGGCGCCAAUCCUCACCAUGUGCUCUCUGUAUGGAUACAUCGUUUAUGUGGCCCGGAAACAGGCCAGGAGGGGAACCUUCAUGUGCAAUGAGCUACACUGCUUCUACGUUCCUGCCAACAAUUACCUGAGGAGCUCCAUCGUCAUGGUCACAACCUCAGUGUGCCUGCUGGUGUGCUGGUUGCCCUACAUCUCUGUGUGUCUGUACGAGACGUUCAGCGGUCAGCAGAGUCCCGCGGUGACCUCUGCCCUCUCCGCUUGGCUAGUCCUGACCAGCGCCGCCCUCAACCCCUGGAUCACCUGCAUGAUGCAGACCAGGUACAGGGCAGCGGUGCGUAGAAGCAUCAUCAGGUUUAUUCGGAUGUGUUCGUGUUCUGGGACGUCUCUGGAGUCCCGCCCCCAAAGCUCCGCCCUCCACCUGGACACAGCUAAUCGCAUCAGCACAACGACGGCAACAACGUGCCCACCUUCAUCACCAAAAACACCCACACCGACACCACCAUGAUCAACGCCACCGCUACCACCUCUUCAUCAUCAGACCAUCAGGGUAAUGUUUGUCACAAGAUGCACUGAGAAGUGCACUGUGGGAAAUGUAGUUCAUCCUUUCAUCCUCUGUCUCACAGUUGGACAGAUGAAGACAGUUGCUGUUUAUUCCACUCUGCAGACGUUCGGCUGAGACAUUUCUGUCGAUCGUCUGACACUUUGAUUGGAUGUUUGUCAUGAGAUGUGUCCACAACCUCUGUGAGCUUAUUUCUUUGGUUUCCUUUGAUCAAUAAACCUUUAAUCACUCACCGGACUGGGCUGGAAACACAUUUUUAUCUCUUUAUUUCUGCCCACUAAAACCUUGAAUGUGUCUGUAACUAUCAUCAGUGUCUCAGUGGGAUUCAUAAAAGAAUCAUCUGUGAUCUGAGCUGCUGCUGCUUUUACUCUGCCGCCCCCUGCUGUCUGCAGCCUGGAGCUGCUGCACGUCUGCUGACAUCAUCCUGAAUCAAUCAAACUUUAUUUGUACA